AAUUAUAAAAUAAUGUAAAUCAAUGUUAUAAUUUCACAGUUGGUCUGGAGAUGUUGGCACGGAUUGGUCGAUAAAAUAUCAUCCGAUAAAACUAAUAGUGUAAAGGAUUAGAUUGCCAUUAUUUUAUUAACAAAAAAUAUAAAUUGAAAAUUGGAAUUUUUCAUCACUACAUUAAAGGAAAUUUUUUUUAAAUUAAAAAACAUCUCAGUAUGUCUGUGUUUCUGUCAAUCACAAUUUUUGGAUUAAUUUUACUUUGCAGUUUAUCGGCACAAGAAAAUGGAACGUUACUAAGAAAAAAUAAUGAUACUGAUGUAUUUUUUGAAAGAUACAAAAAACUAUGGCUUAAUCCUGUUUAUGGAAUAUUAGCUGAUUCAAAUACACAAAUUUAUAUGGUUAACUAUGAUCAAGACAAACGUCAACCUGAUAUUAGGAAGUGGCCAAAUGUAAUAUAUUACGUAAUGUCGAAUUUACAUAAUGUCAUAGAACAUGCUACCACAUUAGCCGUUAAUAAGAAUGGUAGUAAUUAUGAAAAAAUUAAGGCAAUGGUUUCUUCUAUACUUCAAAUAUUAGUGAUCGUCGACUAUUCUCUGUACAAAAAACUUGAUGGAAAUUUAUGGAAAAUUGUACCAUAUCUCUUAGCAUUUUGGAAUGGCGUAGAUAUGAGAUUCAGAAGUUUGAAUUACCCUCGAGUUAGAUUAAAUAUCGCCAAAAUUCUUAUUGCUGAGGAUCAGAGAGCUCUUACAUAUACAAGAUCAUAUCUUGAUAAUAGAAGAAAUUUGGAUGCACGCGGAUCAAUAAAUAAUAAAAAAAGAUGGUUGUAUGAGCAAAAAAAUGUCGUUCCAUUAGACAGUUACGAUAUUGCUAUCACAAUGACUUCAGAUGCAAUGUAUUUUCUCCCAUAUGAUAAUGACUUGAGGAGUGAUAUCCCAAUUAAAGGUUUAGCUUCUGAAAAAGCUUGUAUGGUUGAUCACAGAUUAAGACGUGCUAUGAACGUCGCAAUUGUUAAUGACGAGGGUGCUUAUGACGGAAUUAUGGCAGCUGCUCACGAAAUAGGACAUUUGCUGGGAGCGGAUCAUGAUAAUGACAAUAAAUCUUGCACCCCUGAUCAUGGCUAUGUUAUGAGCCCAUACUUGGCUUAUAGAACAACGUCGUGGAAUUGGUCACCAUGUUCACAAUUAAAUUUCCGCAAUUUCUUGAGAUCGGGAAAUGGUACAUGUUUGUACAAUAAACCAAAAGGAGUUAUAGAGAUGCCGAGAUUAUUACCAGGAAAAUUAAUGGACGCAAAUGAACAGUGUAAAAUGUUAGGGAGCUCAUCAGUUACCGAACUUGAUGACUUAAUGUGUACAGAUUUAGUUUGUUAUGAAAAUGAAAACUCGACAGUUGCACGAUAUUAUACUUUUGGUGCUGCUGAUGGAACUAAAUGUGAAGAUGGAAAAAUUUGUCUCCAUGGUUCAUGUUUAUAUGAGAAAUCUAUAACUUAAUGAUAUUCAUUUUUGAAAAAUGUACAAUACUUUCAUCAAUAAAACAGAAAAAUUGUGAAAUUGUAUCAGAAAAAAAUU